AUGUCAGCCGACGCGCCGCAGUACCAGCACUUCAUCCCACAGUUCAUCCUGAAGAACUUCGGCCAUCCUUACAAGUGCCCCAAGGCCCCUGCCAAUGGCUCAAAAUGCAAGAAGCACCAUCACGAAAAAGGAAGAUACCCCGGCAACCCUGUCGUAAAUUGCUUGGAACUUUUGCCAGAGGGUUACAAGACUAAGGAGCUUUCUGUCAAACGCGUAUGCGGCCUGGUUGACAUGUACACAGAUCAGUCGCCAAACGCACAAAUCCCUCGCGAAUUGGAGGGCAAAUUCAGCAGGCUAGAGGACAAAACGAGUGUUGUGAUUCGCAAGAUAAUUGGUGCUCACCAACGUGGAGAAGGAAAGGUCAAACUCACAAGGACACAGCAAACAAUACUUCGCAAGUUCGUUUAUCUACUCAAUCAACGAGGUUCGGGCUUCUUCAAGACAUACAACUGCAACAGCAUCAACGACUAUAAAAGUAACGACCAGGACCUUCUGAAAGAGUUUAUGGAUCGACGUGGAAUUCAACGACCGUUAGAUGUUUGGUUAGGGGCCUUGAGUGCUAUCAUCGAUCUCGAUAUGAGCGUAACAGCAAAUUGGCAACAAACUCUCAAAUCAACUGUCUACCAUGGCCUAUUCCUCCAUUUCGUGGAAAACAUCACCGAGUUUUGGAUGUCCUUCUGCACCCCUUCCAGCGAGGACCAAGAGUUCAUUCUCUCUGACACGGGAAGCCAUGUGUACGAAGGACCAACCGUCGAUUUUCAGGACAAGACAACAGGAGAGUUCCUGAGUCUAGCACCCCGCUUCCAUCUAUUUGCGCCUAUUUCUCCACGAUUGAUGAUCGUCUUGAGAAGUAAGCAUCUUCCAGAGCCACAUGAGGAUAGCAAUCCCGAGAUAAAGGCUAUGCGUCAGCUUCAACGAGAGAUUGAAAUCGACUUGAUCUAUGGCCCAGGAACAACAUCCAUAUUAGAAGAUCUCCCUGUUCACAAAGCUAUCAAUAGCUACUCGACCUUGGUGAACGGAAUAUUGACAAAACGACCAGGCUGGGAUGAACAACUUCGUCAGACUGAUACCUUCUCAUUCCCAUUCUUCAAAAUUUCCAGGCGACAUGCCCGUAUCAUCAACGGUCUUCUGCUGGACCAUGCCUUUCACGGCUUAACAGUCAUCUUUAACAAAAAGACCGCAUUCUUGGAUCUCCUUGAAUGGUUCUUGACGGAACCUUGCGAGGUUGGCAAAAGACUGGGCGGAGAACACCACGCAGAGCAGAUGAGGUAUCUUACGCGGUUGACGGCUUUGAUGCAUGCCGAAGGGCGAAAUGUCUCACUUCGUACCACGAAUAAGCCAGUCAGCAAUCAUCUUGACAUCGAGAGUUAUAAGAACCAGAAUAAUGCUGCCGCACGGUGGCUUGAUGGCCUUGAUAAGAGCCCGGCCGACAAAGAAGAGGCCAAAGACAGCCGAGAACAAGGCCAUGAUGCCAAGAUUGAUGCAAACCAACAGAUCAAAUUCGAUCUUCAAGAUGAGUCGGAUGAAGAAGGAAAUGACAUCGAGGACCACCCUAUUGAGCUUGAUCCGACUGCGAAGUUUGGAGAUGGCUCUAGGGAAGAUCAACUUGUUGCUAUGGUUUACGAGAUGCUCGCAGAUCGAUGGGUCUCACCAGAUCUGGGCCCUAAGAUCCUGUCACGAGCGCAAGUUAUGCCUGAGAACGUGAAUGAAUCAUGCGUGAUGUUUCGGGUCUGGCUUAUAAAUGGGCAACUGGACCGAAGGAAGGAACUGCCGGGCACAGACAGACAAGAAAGAUUGCUCGGGCGAUACCAGUUGCAACAAUCCCCUAUACUUUUCUGGUUGUUCCUGAAACAAUGCAGACAUCUUCUCUGGAAUAGGGAACUCAAAGAAGCAAAAAAAGGCGACGUCUUUCCUGGAGAGGGCCCUGAAGAUGAAUAUCUAAACGGUGAGGUUACUAUUGUAUCCAUGAGAAUGUUUGUUGAGCUGACAGCACGUAGAAAUGACAAUGCUAGAGCCUCAUGA